UCAGGACGAAAGCAUGCACUGGACGCACAUGAGCUCAACCCGACAAGUAUCGCGAUCCUGAAGAUCCUUUGUUCAACCACAGGCCGACUGGCUGAGGAGAGCGGUGUUAGAGACAAAAUCAAUCUCGGUUUCGAAUUCAAAGUGAGUUCUUCCUUAGAACUUCACCUAUUUCGUUUCUUUUAUGGAUCUACGUGUUGUAAUGGACCCAUUAGCGGUCACAGUACUUCGCCUGAACCUAACAAUAUUGGUACAAAUCUGACGAAAAAUAGCCUCCAAUUUUUUAUUUUAUUGGUUAAUCUUUUUCCCAGUUUCUAA